AUGAAAGGUCUCCGCUGGCGUUACACUCGGCUGCCCAGCCAGGUGGAGGAUGCUCUGUCUGGGGAGGAGCGUGAGGAAAACGAGGAGGAGACAGCCCCAGCCCCAGCUCGUGCUCCGGAAGAUCCAGUGGAGCCCCAGCUGGCAGAAGCCAGCCAGGUUCUGGGAGCCUCGGAGAUGAGGCAGAUCAGCCUCCACCUCCCCCCGAGAGUCGCUGGACACUCCUGGAGUCUGGCCUUUCGCACGUCGAGGGACGGCUUCAGUCUGCGGAGCCUGUACAGGCAGAUGGAGGGCCACAGCGGGCCGGUGCUGCUGGUGCUGAGGGACCAGGAUGGCCAGGUCUUCAAGUGGACAGGAAACAACUCUUUCUUCGUGAAAGGAGACUUGGAUUCACUGAUGAUGGGCUGUGGCAGUGGACACUUUGGGCUGUGGUUGGAUGGAGACUUGUAUCACGGGGGGAGCCACCCCUGUGCAACCUUCAACAACGAGGUGCUGGCCCGGCAGGAGCAGUUCUGCAUCAAGGAGCUAGAGGCCUGGGUCCUGAGCUGA